AUGCUGACCGCCUUGGAUGGAGAUCCGGAAGAUCGGAACUCAGCCUCCGAAGGUCCGGUGCUUGACCAUUUCAGUGAUAGCGGUACAGCUGAAGGUGAUCCUGCUGAACAUACUGAACAUGCUGAACAAACAAUUACCACUACUCCCACUUCCACCCGUACAGUACGAUUUCUUCUUCCCGUCUCUUUGACCCACUCUCCUGCUACCGUUACUGAGACCGUUGUUGCCCCUGACCAGCCUAUCAUCAUCGCCGAAACGACCCCGGAGACUCCCACUAGGCGACCUUUCGUGCCUGGCCACCGCCGGCGUUCCACUCGCGUAAAUCGUCUGGACUUGGAGCGCUUCCGGAGGGACGUCUUAGGCAUCGACAGUCCUGGCUUUGGAUUCGACGACGAUUCUUCCUUGCCCGCGGUUGACCCCUCCGUUGACCCUCAGUUAGAGAGCCUCAACCGUGACUUUGAAGCUGUGGCUCGGUUCAUGAAUAGUGGCAGUAACCCCGACUCUGGUUCCUUCUCGAGCGGCGUCGAUAACGCGGGUCACCAAUCCAAUAUGACCAACGUGCCUCGUCAGUCAAUGUCUCCCGCCAUGUCUCACACUCCUGGUCAGGUCAAUGGUACUGGAAUGGCUGGUAUGAACGCGGGGGUUCCUCUGAAUGCUGGUCACCAAAUGGAUCUCCAUCAUCUGUACGACAUGGUCCUGGAGCUGAGCGAAGUUUUGAAGAACAACCGCCAGAUGACACAGAGUAUCGUCUCCAGCGCUGAGGAGGUCAUGCGACGCUCUGCUUCGGAAGGCACCUCCCCAAGCUUGCAGCAAGUCAAUGGCGAGAUCUCCGCUGCCCGUAUAACCGAACUGGAGCGCGCCCUGGCCAGAGAAAAGCGCCUGAAUGAGGUCUUGCGAAACGAACAGGUGGAAAACACAAAGCUCAUCGGGGAUUAUGAACAGGCAGUUGGUACAAUGGUGGAACAGAUCCGUAACUACUGCCAGACCAACAACUUGCAGUAUCUGGCGCAGAAACGGCACUACAACAAUCUUCUCCAAAACGAACGGGAUGCGCAUCUGCAGAGUCGCCUGGAGCGUGAUCACUGGCAUAACCAAACCAUGAAAUGUGCAGAGAUGAUCCGUACUGCCUAUCGGAUUCGUUGUGAAGAAGAGAAUGUGCCAAUCCGCGUCGUGGCUGGGCUCCAGAACGAAGUCCGGGCCUACCGCAACGCUCUUGGUAUGGAGCCAGAGAGACCAGAGGAGGAGUACGGAUGGGAGAUCCUGAAGGAUGUGCCCGGAGGCCCUGCCCCUGGGGAGUAG